AUGUCAAACGACGACCAGCAGAUUCUGGGCGUGCUCUCAGAGUACACGAAAGACGUCCGCAACUUCACGGGAUCGAUAUGGGACGCCACUGAUGCGCAUUUUGCGCAUGUCGCCGGAUACAUUAAGAAGAGCCUCCCCGAAGGAUGGCUGCCAGAACGCGCUCGACCGCGCCCGCCACCGCCGCCCCCGCAUCCCAUCACCGGUGCCUACCUGCAUCGCCUGCAAGACUGGGUGUCGCGAAAUCGGGCUUUGACGGCAGCCAUCGUCGCCUUUGUCGGCACUGGGAGUUUCCUAGUAUGGAGAGAACAGAAGAAAUACAACCGCAAGCGAAGAGUACGGCGAGCGAGCAAUGGGGCAAGGACGGAGGUCGUUGUUCUCGCUGGACCACCCAACUCGCCCAUCGUCCGAUCGCUAGCCCUUGACCUCGAACGACGCGGCUUCAUUGUAUACAUUGUGUGCUCGACCAUGGACGAAGAGCAGCAGGUGCUUAGUGAGUCAAGAGCAGAUGUGCGCCCGCUGCACUUGGAUGUUGUGGACACGAUGGGCACAAAACAAGCCAUUCAGAACUUCAACGAGCUCCUUGUGAAACCGCACGUCGCUGUCCCGGGGACGAGCCCGCACAACCUCAAUCUUAGCGGUGUCAUACUGGUGCCAGACCUCAUCUACCCUACCGGGCCUGUAGAGACGGUAACCCCCGAGCUUUGGUCAGACGCGCUGAAUGCCAAAGUACUCAACACCAUCGCCGUGACCCAGGCGCUCCUGCCGACCGUCUGGUCCUAA